CCACCCCCACCCCCCCCCCCCCCGUGCCGCCGGCGCCGCACCUCUCUCCCCCGUCUCCCCCGAUCCACGUCUGCUGGGCGCCGCCCUACCCCGAGCCGGCCAUCGACCCACCCACCGGCGGCCUGGGAUGGCGCCGCCUCUGCCGUGCAUCACCGGCGGCCUGGGCUCGCGCCACCCUGCCCUGUGUCAAUGCCGGCAGCCUGGACGCCGCCCCCUGCCCGCGGGAGGAUCCCAUCCCCCACGCCCGGAUCCGCCUCCUCGGACCUGAUCCAUCCCGGCGCCCACGCCGACGCUCGGAUCCGCAUCCACGGAUUCCAGAUCGAGGCAGGGGCUCACCGUCGACCACCUCUCCCCUCGAGUGUCACGGAUGGGGAGUUGGGCAGUGGUCGGUGCGCCAGCGGUGCACUCUGGUGGUGCUUGCAGUACGUGGGCAUGCCGGCUGGCGUCAGAUCUGGACAUCCUUGCGCGAUGUCGGCAGCGGCUUCACCUACCUCCAACCUUCCUUCUACCUCUGAGUGCGGAUCCCCUCCCCUCCGUCUCCUCCUUCUACCUCCAACUUCCCUCCGCUGCCGGCCGGUGCGGCCUCGACUCCUGCGCCAACAACCGAACUCCCGCGCCACCAACGGCAGCAACAUGUGCGGCAGUGGACUGCAACCCCAGUGGAUCCACUUCACGAUAGAUGCAGUCAACGCCCCUGCAGUGCACAUCGAUCACGCGAUUCCCCUGCAGGUGGUCGCAGUAGUCUACUCGGGAUUCCUCGGUCGUGCCUCUCCUCUUGGACACCACAAGCAAGCCGGCGAAAUCCUGUUCCUCUUCUUCCCCUCCGCUGGGUCUGCCGCCACGGGCGCUGCUGUGGAACACUUGCCCAACAUUUCUGGCGUGCAUGGGUGCAGUGCGGCAGGAGCAUGUGUGCAGUCCGCCGGCGUGGCAGGAGCAAAAAAAAUGAUGUAACUGCUUGUAAUUUUAUUUUGGGUUUGAGGAGUGCUUUGUGAUAUUUUCCCAGGCCAUGUACUUCUUGCCUCGACCCCCUUUGCAUAUGGGUGCAUUCCGUGUUAGGCGCAUCUUCA